GCAGCGAGAGAUGGACUCCUCUCUGUUCUUCCUCUUUUCUUUAUGGGCUUUGGCUGGGUCUUCCAUCUCCCAGGCAACUGCUGAGCCCACAGAGGCUUGUCCAGAGAGGAUUUUGGGAAAUGAGAGAAGACGGAGCUGCCCUAAGCCAUGCAAGCAGGACAAGGACUGUCCCAACAAACGCCAGUGUCUUUGUGAUGGACAGUGUGGGUUGAGCUGUGUUGCUCCAGGCCGCACCUGUCCCUGGCCUCUGACCCCGAGUCCAAACUCGUUUGCCCGCCUGCUUUCUCCUGCUCCUUCCUUUUCCGCUCUCCUUGAAAUCCGCUGCCAGCCCGAUUUCAAGAUGACCAAUGGUUUGGAAGCAGCAAUCCGCCGUUGCCAAGGUGACCGGCAAUGGAGUGGGGAAGAUCCAGUCUGCAUUGGUGCAGCAGAUGCUGCCCCUAUUUCCUGCCCAAUACCAGAGGAGACUGGAUUGACCCUCGAGGGCAGUGCUGCAGUGGGCUCUCAAAUCAGCUAUAGCUGCCGUCAUGGAUUUGAGCUGCUUGGAAACAGAGAAAAUUUCUGUCAGGAGGAUGAAACCUGGCAGUACCCUCAUCCCAUCUGUCAGAGAGUGUUUUGCCCACCACCUAGGGAAGUGGAUCAGGGUUAUCUGGUGGCUGUUCAGAAACAGCAGUUUGAAGUAGGCGAGGCUAUAUAUUACCUCUGCAAGAAGACAUUCCUGCUGGAUGGGCCAAACCGUGUUAACUGCCAACCAGAUGGUACAUGGAGCACCAUCCCAUUUUGUCGUGCUCGUUGCACAGUUCCAGCCCUGCGCAGUCGUGUAAUAGUCGCAGGGGUCAAGCUCUGGCCCUAUGAUAUACCAGAGGGGGUGGUUCUGCAUGGACAGAAUGUUACCUUUUACUGCAAACACCCAGAAAAGCACUGCAGUUUCACCUCUGAGCAGUCCUGCUUUGAUGGCCAGCUUACAACUCCGGACUGCUACCUUGAGCCCACGUGGCUGCAGUUUAAAAUCUUCCCACACCGAGUAGUUUCGGAAAUUGAGCAGUGUGAUCCCAGUGACCUCCUGUGAUAUCCCAACCUCCUUAUUCCGUGUCUCCUAUCGCUUCUGUUCCAAGUCUCUAGCAGUUCAAACAUAUGUUAGAACUAAACUCUGUUCUCCCCACUUUUCUGAACAGUGUAUUUCAGUUUAUUGAGUCUAUUUCCCACAGUGGAUUCACCCAUAACAAUGUAUGAAUGUGUUUUUCACCUUCUUCUCUCGCUGUUUUUUUCUUUCUUUCUUUCUCAUCUGUAGUACCCUUUGCUCAGAAUGAUUGAUAUUUAAGUGUGCAGCCAAUUUUGCCAUGUCUACAUUAAAGUCUGCCGUGCUACCUUUGGAUUUUUGCACCUUCUACUUCAAGUGACGUGUCAAGCUACGUGCUUAACAAGUGAUAAGAUGUGACCUGUUUCGAAUAAAGCUGUGAAAUAAGGGAUGUA